CAUCCGGACAGACCUCCGCCCCCGGAAAAGCUUUCAAAGCUGCUGAGCAUGUGUUUACACUGAGGUUAGCUAGCUUCAACUACAUUACUAUUAAACACCUGAACAACAUGUCGUCGAAAAGUCGGGAUAACGACGAUCAUUUUGAGUCUGUACUUAAAGAGGAACUGAACAAAAAGAUCAAGGAGCAGAAGGUUGUCGUGGACGAGCUCUCCAAUCUGAAGAAAAACAGGAAAGUCUACAUUCAGCAGAGGAACAGUAACAUAUUCUUCCUAGCAGACAGAGGCCAGACACUGGGGUCAUGCAAAAAGGAACUGGAUAACAUGAAAAAGGAUCUGCAGGACAUGUAAGAGUGACGUUCACCGCAACAAUGUGCGGCAUCUUUUGUCUGUUGAGUGUGUCGCCCACUCAGUUUGAGUGGGACAAGACGGUUCAUGAACAUUUAAAGCGA